CAGUAAUGGCGGAGGCUGCAGCUCCCGGAACAACAGCCACAACAUCAGGAGCGGCAGCGGCGGCGGCGGUGGCAGCGGCCUCCCCCACCCUCACCCCCACAGUCGCUUCCCAGUCCCCAGCGGCGGGAGGAGGAGGGGGAGGCAGCGGCGGUGGCUGGACCAAACAGGUCACCUGCAGGUAUUUCAUGCAUGGGGUUUGCAAGGAAGGAAACAACUGCCGCUAUUCCCAUGACCUCUCCACUAGUCAGUCUGCCAUGGUGUGCAGAUAUUAUCAGCGAGGGUGCUGUGCUUAUGGAGACCGCUGCAGAUAUGAACAUACCAAGCCAUUGAAACGAGAAGAAGUGACUGCUGCCAAUCUAGCUGCAAAACCUGACCCGCCAGCCUCUUCAAGCCUCCCAACACUGGUUGAAACACUUGCUGAAGCCAGUACUGGUGAAGCUGAAACAGAAAAUUCAAAUUUUGCAGCUGCAGGAGCAGGUGGGGAAGACUGGGUAAAUGCCAUUGAGUUUGUUCCUGGGCAACCCUACUGUGGACGUGCAGCCCCUUCUUGCACUGAAGCACCCCUGCAGGGCAUGGUGAUCGAGGAAGAAUUAGAGAAACAGCAAACCAAUGUGGAAAUGAAGAAGCAGCUUUGCCCCUACGCCGCAGUAGGAGAAUGCCGUUAUGGGGAGAAUUGUGUUUAUCUCCAUGGAGAUGCCUGUGACAUGUGUGGUUUGCAGGUCCUGCACCCAGUGGAUGCUGCCCAGAGAUCACAGCAUAUAAAAUCUUGCAUUGAGGCUCAUGAGAAGGACAUGGAACUCUCAUUUGCUGUCCAGCGCAGUAAGGACAUGGUGUGCGGGAUCUGCAUGGAGGUAGUCUAUGAAAAAGCCAACCCUAGUGAGCGCCGCUUUGGGAUUCUCUCCAACUGCAACCAUACCUACUGUCUAAAGUGCAUCCGCAAAUGGAGAAGUGCUAAGCAGUUUGAGAGCAAGAUUAUAAAGUCCUGCCCAGAAUGCCGCAUCACAUCGAACUUUGUCAUUCCAAGUGAGUACUGGGUGGAGGAAAAAGAAGAAAAGCAGAAACUCAUUCAGAAGUAUAAGGAAGCAAUGAGCAACAAACCAUGCAGGUAUUUCGAUGAAGGACGUGGGAGCUGCCCAUUUGGAGGGAACUGUUUUUACAAGCAUGCGUACCCUGAUGGCCGUAGAGAGGAGCCUCAGAGACAAAAAGUGGGAACAUCAAACCGAUACCGGGCCCAAAGAAGGAACCGCUUCUGGGAGCUUAUUGAGGAGAGGGAGAGCAGCAACCCCUUUGAUAAUGAUGAAGAUGAGGUUGUAACCUUUGAGCUGGGCGAGAUGUUGCUUAUGCUUUUGGCAGCAGGUGGGGACGACGACCUGACGGACUCUGAAGACGAGUGGGACUUGUUUCAUGAUGAGCUGGAAGAUUAUUACGACUUGGAUCUAUAGCACCUUUCAUUGGAGUUUGGACUUGUCUGCUCAGCCUCAGACAGUAGCUAUUUCCUGUGGUGUUGUGGCAGUGCCUGUGUUUCUCUCCUAGGCAGGCCUAUCAAUUCCAGGUGCUGUUGUAAUAAUUUUUACCCCCAGGGUCUGUCUCCCUUUCCUUCCCAACUCCCUGCCUUCUUCCCCCAGGAGUGUGUUGUUUUCUCUGUUAAAAAAAAAUAACAAGAAAUAAAUCUUAAAGUUAGUUU